AUGCCAAUUACCAAGAAUCUCACACUGCCAAGCUCGGCGAAGGACCUGACAGUAAACCCGGACUCAAAAUUAUUCAUUGCCUUCAUAUCUUCACCAGAUCCAAUUACCAAGCAACCUUGGUGUCCGGACGUACGAGAUGCCUUGCCUCACAUCAACAAGGCAUUUGCCGGGGAUGACGCGCCUGACCUAGCUAUCAUCGAGGUUGGACAAAAGCCAGAAUGGAAUAACCCCCAAAAUGUCUACCGAAAAACGUGGGGCACUAAGAACAUUCCUGCGCUGGUACGCUAUGAGCAAGUCAAUGGGAAAGUCACUGAGACAGGGCGAUUGGUGGAAGGAGAAAUUCUCAACAAGAAAAAACUUCGGGAGUUCAUCGUCUAA